GCCUACCUUCUCAAUCUUACAUACACGUACACAGCAAACAAAGAAAGUAUCACAAACCUAGCCCCCAUUCUGUUUCUUCGUGAAACAAGGGUUAAUGCUAACAGUCGAGUGAGAGAACAUCACGAAGCCUUUAGAUUACCUUCGUCUCUCUCCGUCUUCUUCAUCCACGCCACAACAAUUCAAUCCAGACAAACAGAGAAAGAGAUGGAGAAAAGGGUUCUGGACUACACAUUGGUACCUCUGGGGCUGGUAAUGAUGGUGUCAUACCACAUCUGGCUGCUCUGCCAAAUCCUAAACCAUCCUUCCCAAACCAUUGUUGGCAUCAACGCCAUUAAUCGCCGCUUCUGGGUUCGCGCCAUGAUGGAUGAUCCUUCUAGGAAUGGAGUUCUCGCAGUCCAGACGCUCCGCAACAACAUAAUGGCAUCAACACUUUUGGCCUCCACGGCGAUCAUGCUCAGCUCCUUGAUCGCCAUGCUGAUGGGCAGCAGCACAUUGGACAAAUCCCGUCUGGUUUUGGUGCUGAUGGGAGACGCCAGCGAUGAAGCUCUCUCCCUCAAGUUCUUCUCCAUACUGCUCUGCUUCCUCCUCGCUUUUCUGCUCACUGUACAGUCCAUCAGGUACUAUAGCCAUGCGAGCCUCCUCAUUAACGUCCCUCUCAAGGACAUGAAGACUGGAGGCAGCCAUCUUACCGUGGACUACGUGGCCAGGUCUGUGAAUAGAGGUGGCUACUUCUGGUCAUUGGGACUGCGUGCCUUCUACUUCUCACUGCCUUUGUUGCUUUGGCUCUUUGGCCCUGUUCCCAUGUUCUUGCUCUGCUUUGUGCUCGUCUCCAUGCUCUACUUCCUGGACGUUACCUUGGAGGAUCCUGGUGCCACCUCAGCCGGAGAUGGUGAGGAUGGAGGCCAUGUUCUUAUGAACCACCAGGACCCCGAUCAUUGUCAGCUCACCACCUCCCAACACCGAGUUUGAUUUGAAAUAAUAGUAGCCACCUGCACUUCACAGUAUCAACUAGUCUUAGUACUAGUAGUAGCAGCAGUAGCGUCACAACUAUAGAACAUAAAAGAAUUAGAGUGCACUCUUCCAAGCAUGAUAAGAAACUCGGCACUUUAGAGACGAUAACACAACUGGACAGCUGGAUAUACAGUACUAUAGUUUUCUAGGGUAAAUGCGACAUUAGCAUAUUAUCUUUGUUCGAC